AUGAGCAAAACUAAGGAUUCCGAUCAAAUACGCUGUGAUGUCUGUCUACUAGAUGAUGUCAAUAAGUCCGCAAACAGAUGGUGUAUUGAGUGUGGUGAGGCGUUAUGUUCUGAUUGCUGUGAUGCCCACAGGAAAGUGAGACAAACUAGAAAACACCAAAUUAUCGAUCUUAAUGAUGCAAGCCAUCAAGUGCUGGUUCACUGCCGUUCUAAUGAAGAAUGCCCAAAGCACCAAGGAUCAAUGUUAGAACUAUUCUGCCUGUAUCACAGGGAUCUAUGUUGUGUUCUUUGUGUUCCAAUGCUCCAUCCUGGCUGUAAAUCCAUCAGGUCCCUAUAUGACAUCGCGCAGCGUGUAGAGAAAUAUAAGGAAGAAGCAUCAUUUGUGCCUGAAUUUGAACAUAUGAAAAAUGAAAUGUUUGUUAUUUCCAAACAACAGGAUUUACACGCCGACAAGGUUGACAAAGAGUACACUGAUAGUCUGGAUAACAUGGACACUUUAAUUACAGAAGCAAAGAGGAGACUAGAUCUGUUGCAUGGCCGUUUUCAGACCACUUUAAAAGAUCGAUGGAGCAACAGAAAACUCGUCCUAUCAAAAUUUCAAAAAGAAACACAAAUGUUACAAAUCAAUCUUGAAAACUGUGUCAAGGUCAUGUCGGCAAUUACAAGUUACGCAUCUUCUAGAGAGGUGUUCGUCAUUCAGGAACAGAUGAAGAAUCAGCUUAUAUCCCAUCUACAUGAAGUGAAGACUUCGAUACGGGAUUAUAGAGAAACACAAUUACAGCUAGAGAUUGAAGAUUCAGUAUCAAAGGUCGUCAACUCCAUCUCUUCUGUAGGAUUCAUCAGCGAAGUGGAAACUUCAUCCGUACCCAUACAGAAUGCCUGGACUCGUAUAGAGGACAAUAUAAACAUCCUAAGAGGUAAACCUGACGUGUCUUUGAUGGAGGAUUCCGUUAGUACAUCUGACAUGCUAGGGUCCCUGGUCAUCACUGGUCCUGUUGUGACCUUAGAUCAAAUGACAGCUAUGACGAGGAAAGUGAAGAGUGUUACUAAUGCCGCUUUGGGGUCGAAAACACGGUUUACUGGAGGAACAGUCCUCCCGGACGGCCGUCUGCUGCUGGUGGAUCACACCAACAAACAAAUUGUGAUGUACGAUGACAGGUACAACUGGCUUAACAACCAUAUCUUAAUGAAAAGACCUCGUGAUGUUGCUUACAGUGAUAAAUACAGGGUGGUUUUAGUGAGAACUAAAAGAUGGAUACAGAAACACACUGUUACUGGUGAUACGCUGACGCUCACCAGUACUAUUCCAUCGCCUCCUCUGUCUUGUUCAGCAAACCUCAGUGGUAUCACUGUACACGACAAUACCAUACUGGUAGGUACAGAUUUGUUUGUACACAUUUUGGCAAUGGAUGGAACCGAACAAAAAAGGAUACCCCGGACAGGAACGUGUACAUAUAUAGCUGUAAGUCAGGAUCUGGAACAAUUUUGCUACAUGGAUGGUAAGGAUAUAGUGUGCUGCAACAUGGAAGGAGAGAAAAUGUCCCGGUUUGAAGACCAACAGCGUGGCUACAAAAGAGGAAUAACGUUUGACAGUUCAGGUAACAUAUAUGUGUGCUGCAGCGGCCCUCCGCCCAAUGUAUUUCAGAUGUCACGAGACGGACAGAGAGGGCGUGACCUUGUACUGGAUCAAAGUGAAAUAAGAGACCCCCUCUGGGUCCUGUAUGACCAUUCCAAGGACAUGUUGUUGAUAACAUCAUUAUCACCAUGUGAUAACAACAACGUGUUGUUCGAGGUCUUUGAGUUCCUGGAUAAGACAGAAUGA